GCAUGCCGCGGCUGCUGCUAUCGACGCCGCUGUCGGAGGAGCAGCAUCAGCACGGUGCGUGGAGACGAUCCGCAGCAGCCGACACUCGCUGCUGGCCAUCCUGAACGACAUUCUGGAUCUGAGCAAGGUCGAGGAGGACCAGCUGGAGAUGGGCACCGCGACUUCAGCGUCACCGCGUGCGUCGAGGACAGUGUCAACCUGCUCGCGCUGUCCCAUCUACCUGGAGUGCAGGUGGCAGCUCUGCCCUGCCCAGUGCGCCAGAUCGCCCUCAACCUCCUCCUCGCCUCGCUCUUCCCCCCACCUCCCCCCUCCUCCCCCUCCUGCUCACCCCCUCCUGCCAACCCUGCUUCCUCCGGAUACUGCUCAC